ACACCCAACCUCCUUUCCCCCCCAGGCGUCUGAGCUGCAGAUCGACUUUUGCCGCCCCGAACAGCUCCGUAGCAAGCCGCCUGUUAAGGAGCUGGUGUUCGGGCGCUCCUUCACCGACCACAUGCUCAAGAUCUAUUACACGCGGGACAGCGGCUGGGGGGCACCUCGCAUCACGCCCCUCCAGGACCUACGCCUGCACCCCGCCGCCAAGGUCCUCCACUACUCCGUCGAGCUGUUCGAGGGCAUGAAAGCGUUCCGUGGUGUAGACGACGAAAUCCGGCUGUUCCGCCCCGGGAUGAACAUGGCUCGUAUGAACCGGACGGCCGCGCGCUCAGCCCUUCCCACCUUCGACAGCGAGGAGCUCAUCACCCUCCUGAAGAAGCUCGUCAACGUGGAUCAGGAGUGGGUGCCGCACACGGAGUCAUCCAGUCUCUACAUUCGGCCCACGCUCAUAGGCACAGAGCCUACCCUGGGAGUGGUGCGCCCCGCCGAAGCCCUGCUGUUCGUCAUUCUGUCCCCCGUGGGCCCCUACUUCGCCAGCGGUUUCAAGCCUGUCUCCCUGCUGGCCGAUCCCCGCUUCGUCAGGGCGUGGCCGGGAGGUGUUGGGGAGAUGAAGAUGGGAGCGAACUAUGGGCCCACGCUGGAGAUACAGCGUCAGGCCGAGAAGCGUGGUCUGCAGCAGGUCUUGUGGCUGUUCGGACCGGACCACCGCAUCACCGAGGUGGGCGCCAUGAACAUAAUGGUCUACCUUGUCAACGAGAGCGGCGAGAAGGAGCUCGUCACCCCACCCCUGGACGGCCUGAUCCUCCCCGGGGUGACGCGGGACUCGCUGCUCACCCUGGGGCGGCAGUGGGGGGAGUACAAGGUGUCGGAGCGGGACAUCACCAUGGGGGAGCUGGAGCAGGCUAACCAGGAGGGGAGGCUGCUGGAAAUGUUCGGGGCAGGCACAGCGGCCGUCGUGACACCCGUCGGGGAGAUCCACUAUCAGGACCGCGUGAUCAAGGUGCCGACGGAGGGAACCGAUGGGGGCGUGUCCCUGGCCCAGCGGUACUAUGACACCAUCACCGGCAUACAGUACGGGAAGAUACCGAGCGACUGGGCGGUCAAGCUUGAUAGUUAGGUUAGGUUAGGUUAGGUUUGGGGGUCGUGGGGCGAACCAUAGAACAGAAGAUAAAACGUAUCGGCGCUUAAGUUUGCCUGUUUGAAAAGCCUCGCGUGGCAUUCAGUACGGGAAGAUGCCGAGCGACUGGGUGGUCAAGCUUGAUAGUUAGGUUAGGUUAGGUUAGGUUUGGGGGUCGUGGGGCGAACCAUAGAACAGAAGAUAAAACGUAUCGGCGCUUAAGUUUGCCUGUUUGAAAAGCCUCGCGUGGCAUUCAGUACGGGAAGAUACCGAGGGACUGGGCGGUCAAGCUUGAUAGUUAGGUUAGCUUGGGGGUCGUGGGAAGAGCCAUAGAACAGAAGAGUCUUGAAGGUCCUAUUCUUAAAUGUCGCAUCGCUUAAGUUAACCUGUUUGAAAAGCCUCGCGUGGCAUUCAGUACGGGAAGAUACCAAGCGACUGGGCGGUCAGGCUUGAUAGUUAGGUUAGCUUGAGGGUCGUGGGGAGAGCCAUAGAACAGAAGAGUCUUGAAGGUCCUAUUCUUAAAUGUCUCAUCGCUUAAGUUAACCUGUUUGAAAAGCCUCGCGUGGCAUUCAGUACGGGAAGAUGCCGAGCGACUGGGCGGUCAAGCUUGAUAGUUAGGUUAGCUUGGGGGUCGUGGGGAGAGCCAUAGAACAGAAGAGUCUUGAAGGUCCUAUUCUUAAAUGUCGCAUCGCUUAAGUUAACCUGUUUGAAAAGCCCCGCGUGGCAUUCAGUACGGGAAGAUACCGAGCGACUGGGCGGUCAAGCUUGAUAGUUAGGUUAGGUUAGGUCAGGUUCUCCUUCGGUAACAACAUGGCGGCGGUAGGCUUGCUUGAGGGGCCUGGAUGGUAUUCGGCCCCAGCCCGUCAUGGCGCAGACAAAUGUUUAUAGUGGCGCCAUCUUCUCUUGGUGGUCAAACUCUUCUAUUCUAUGGCUUUGGGGGUAAAAGGUGUGUGGGGGAGGGUGUAAGGGUGUCUGUGUGAGUGUGUUAUGUGUUUGAAUGUUUUUUUUUUUACGGCUUCGCCUUCCUUCGUAUCAUGGCCUGAUGGUUAGCCCCAGCCCGUUGUGGCGCAGGCAAGUGUUUAUAGUGGCGCCAUCUUGCAUUGGUUCAUGUUGCCCCCCGGAGCUCAUCUUUAAUCCAAGCAUCUAGAGUCCGGGUUGAUAGGUGGUCUUAUGGACAGCAUGUGGGUAGUCUUAGGCCAGUAUGCGGCGGCUUAAAAAUCCCAGCUUUUGGCACCGGGCGGGGAUCGAACUCGCGUCGUCCUGAACGCGGCGCCGUCACGCUAUCCUCAGUACAGUACGAAUUUGCCUCUAAUGCAUCUAAUAGGUACCAUCACGUUAUAUACGAAUUCGUGAUAUGCGAAUUCGUAAAAUGCGAAAUCC